AAUACACCGUCUAUGUUUUGUCCCCAUCGUUGUUCUUUUCCCCUUUUCAUGAUCGCACUGGUGGAUAUCCACCGCCCUCUCUUUCUUCUUCUCCAUCGACCAAACUCUGAUCCCAACUCUUUCUUUCCAAGAAAAGAUGCUUCGGUUGCAGAGCUCUUCCCCGUGGACUUCUCCUCAAGUUUCGAGGCUCAAUCGGAUUUCUUCCUCCAAGAGAAAAUCAGUGCCAUGUGACUGUUGGUGGAUCCAAUCUUCUGCUUUGCCUGCCAAUAAAUUUUUAAUGCACAACAGAGGAAAAUGCAAGGCUAGUUUGCAAAGGACAUUGGAUAAGUCAUAUUCCCCUACUUAUUUAGAUGGUUCAAAUGCUGGAUGCUUUAAGGAAGAUCUGAAAAACGGUUCCCAGGGUUAUGACGCUAAACUCAUGAUAGGAUCUACAUCUUAUUUUCUACUCAGAUUGACACAAUUAUAUUCUGCAAAUAGAUUGAUGAAGAUGGUGCAAAACUUACUUUCGGUGGUUUGCACUUUUGGAAAUGGGAGCUUGCCUUUUGCUUGUAUGUCUAAUUCAUUGAAUAAACCCACACCUCUUCGAUUGGAUGUAUCCUUGCCUUCUUUACAAGAUAUUAAAUGGAACUUUUCCCGGUUGAUUUAUUUAUUCAACAUACGACUUGAGAGAAAUGUUGCCACGUCCUUUGUAGUGCUCCUUGUGGCUUGCUUCUCGUUUGUUGUCAUUGGUGGUCUUCUCUUUUUCAAGUUCAGGGAUAACACACAAUCUCUGGAGGACUGCUUCUGGGAGGCUUGGGCUUGCUUGAUCUCAUCAUCUACUCAUUUAAAACAAAGAACACAUAUUGGACGUGUUAUUGGCUUUGUUCUUGCUAUAUGGGGCAUAUUGUUUUACACCCGCCUAUUGAGUACAAUGACAGAACAAUUCAGAAAUAAUAUGCAAAAACUUAGAGAAGGAGCACAGAUGCAAGUUAUGGAGGCUGAUCAUAUCGUUAUUUGUGGAAUCAAUAGUCAUCUGACCUUCAUACUGAAGCAGCUAAAUAAGUAUCAUGAGUUUGCUGUGCGCUUAGGCACUGCUACAGCUAGGAGGCAAAGAAUUCUUCUUCUUUCUGAUCUUCCAAGGAAGCAGAUGGACAAGCUGGCUGACAAUAUUGCCAAAGACCUUAGCCAUAUUGAUGUCCUAACAAAGAGUUGCAGCAGCCUUAGUUUGACAAAGUCAUUUGAAAGAGCUGCUGCUGAUAAAGCACGUGCCAUAAUUAUAUUGCCUGCAAAUGGAGAUCGGUAUGAAGUUGAUACAGAUGCAUUUCUAUCUGUACUAGCCCUUCAACCUAUUUCAAAAAUGACUUCUGUCCCCACCAUUGUUGAGGUUACAAACUCCCAAACCGCUGAGCUUUUAAAGUCAAUUUCAGGAUUGAAAGUUGAGCCAGUAGAAAAUGUUGCAUCCAAACUACUGGUUCAAUGCUCUCGGCAAAAGGGCCUGAUCAAGAUCUACAGACAUUUACUUAAUUAUCGAAAAAAUGUAUUUAAUCUUUUCAGUUUCCCUAAUCUAGCCGGAAUAAAGUAUAGGCAAUUAAGACGUGGAUUUGAAGGGGCAGUGGUUUGUGGCCUUUAUCGGAAUGGGAAGAUAUAUUUCCAUCCAAAUGAUGAUGAAGUCCUGCGGCAGACUGACAAAGUGUUGUUCGUUGGACCUGUUCCUGGGAAAAGAGAACCACAACUUGCAUAUCCAGAUGUGAAAGAAGAAACUAAUACCAUUCAAAAUCUGGAAGUUCUAGAAAAGAAUGGCGGUGCUUCACAUUAUGCCUUAGAUUUGAUAAAAACGCGGGUUGAGAAUAUUGUAAAACGUCCCACAAAACCAGGUUCAAAAGCAUCAGAUUGGAGUUUGGGACCAAAAGAAUGUGUACUUUUGAUUGGUUGGCGCCAAGAUGUUGUAGAAAUGAUUGAAGAAUAUGAUAAUUAUCUUGGACCUGGCAGUGUACUGGAAAUAUUGUCAGAUGUGCCAUUAGAUGACAGAAACAGGGCAUGUAACUUUGCUGGUCAUGGCAAAGUUAAAAACAUACGAGUCUCCCAUAGGGUUGGAAACCCCAUGAACUACGAUACAUUGAGGGAGGCCAUAUUAAAUAUUAGAAGCUCUUUCAAGAAAGGCGAAAGCGUUCCCUUAUCAAUCAUUGUAAUAUCUGAUAGGGAAUGUCUUCUUGGAGAUCCGUCCAGGGCAGACAAACAUUCUGCAUAUUCUCUGCUUCUUGCUGAAAAUAUUUGCAACAAACUUGGAGUGAAGGUGCAAAAUCUAGUUGCUGAAAUUGUUGACUCAAAAUUGGGCAAACAAAUUACAAGAAUCAGGCCAUCUCUCACUUAUAUUGCAGCAGAGGAAGUGAUGGGUCUUGUAACAGCUCAAGUGGCAGAGAAUAGCGAGCUGAAUGAGGUCUGGAAAGAUAUUCUUAAUGCAGAGGGAGAUGAGAUAUAUGUGAAGGAUAUUCGUCUCUACAUGAAACCAGGCGAGAACCCAUCAUUUUCUGAGCUUGCUGAAAGGGCACAUUUGCGGCAAGAAGUUGCCAUUGGCUAUGUGAAAAACAAUAAGAAGGUUAUUAACCCAAUUCCCAAGUCGGAACCCCUUUCUCUUGAAAUGACAGACUCACUUAUUGUAAUAUCUGAGCUUGAAGGAGCACAACCCAUUGUAAUGUAAAAUGUACACUUCAGUCCUUGUUCAUUAUUUCCUUUUUAAUUUGGGAUUUUUUUUUU